AUGCAGAUGUCAAUGUCAGGCGCUAUGAAGAUGGUCCCCUUCUUGGACCAGCCGGUGAUGUUACACUCAAGUCGCAAUGCAGGAAACUGUACCAUGACGCCGGAGCAAUGUGCUUUGAAGACCUCCUACUGGGUUUUCUGGUACGAAGCCGAUCACCGUUAUGCCUUACCGACGGUUGCAUUCUUUCUCGUUGCAAUCAUCCUAUUUACCCUUGCACGUCUGAUCUCCAAAGCUACACCACAGGGCGUGAAGCAGAAAUCUCUCUGGUCACGACUCGUCGCGGCGCUUCGGUUCAUUUCCUACAAAAGCUGGAGGAUCGGCAGCUGGAACACUCAUUCUCUGGGCGCUUAUUUGCUUGCAGCGGCGGGUGUUAUCUUUUUCUUAGCAAUGACUCUGGGGCCACGUCCAUACUACUGGCCCAAUACAAAGGAAAUCAGCUUCGGAAAUUCCCCUCCUAUUGCUACUCGGGCCGGGUUUUUGGCUCUGGCAUGUAUGCCGUUCUUGAUUGUCUUGGGUGCGAAGGCCAAUCCGAUCACCGCACUGACAGGAAUCUCCCACGAAAAGUUGAAUAUUUGGCACAACUGGGUCGCUUGGGCAAUGUUCGUUCUCGCUUUGGUUCAUACUUUCCCAUUCAUCGUCUUCCAUGCAUGGAAAGGGGAUUUAGUUGCAUCGUGGAGCAAAGGUGGUGUUUGGGUCACUGGUGUGGUUGCCCUCAUAGCUCAGGCUUGGUUAACCUUCAUGUCUAUUCCCUGGAUCAGGAACCGAUACUAUGAAUUUUUCAAAGCCACCCACCUUUUCAUGGCCCUCGUCUUCGUCAUCUUCUUCUUCCUCCACUGCGACUUCCGUAUGUCCUCGUGGGACUACUUCAUUGCAACCGCAGUGAUCUACACAAUGUGUUUCCUCUACUCGCAAUGUAAAACAUACAUUGAGCACGGCUUCAAGCACAAAGCCAGUCUCAUCCCCGAGACAAACCACACCCUCAAAGUGACCAUCGACACGAAAAUGACUUGGUCUCCCGGUCAACACAUCUUCAUUCGCUUUUUGACUUGCGGAGUUCAUGCAUUCACAGCCCACCCGUUCACAAUAUGCUCAGUACCCCAACAAGACAAGCAAAAUCAAUUGGUCUUCUACGUCAAGCAACGUGGUGGACUGACAGGACGACUCAUGAAAAUGGCCGAAAAGAACCCUGGAGUCCAGAUCCCUGUUAUGUUGGACGGACCAUACGGCGGAAUCUCCGAUAAACACGUCGAUCAGUUCGACAAGAGUUUAAUUGUAGGAGGCGGCGCUGGUGCCGGCUUCACACUCUCCAUGCUCGAGAACUUCAUCUAUCUCUCCGGCUUUGAGCAGUACAAGGCCGAAAUGAAAGUGGUGGUCGCGACACGCGACCCAGGGAUGCGAGCAUGGUUCAUCCAGGCCGUGGAAGAUAUCGCAGCGAGACACUCUCGGACGGGUGUCAUUGGUGGGUUAUCGAUCGAUAUUCAUGAAACACAUCACGAAGAAGGAUCGGAAACUGCCCUGCACACCGUUGUGCAGCAUCCUAAAAUGGAAAAAGAUACACAGACGACUGAUCAUGAGCGCAACGCUGCUGAAAUGUUGGGCAUUCGAUUCUUCACUGGUAGGCCGAAUCUGCCUGAGUUGAUACGAGACUUCACAAGCCAGAGAGGCUCUUCUGUUGGAGUGGUGGUUUGCGGUCCUGCGUCUAUGAACCAUGAUGUGAGCGAGGCUGCUGCUGCUGCGCAGUAUAGAAUAAUGAGAGAGGAGGAUUGUGCUCGGGAGGUUUGGCUUCAUACCGAGAGCUUCUCGUGA